AAAUCACCCUCAGUCUCCUUUAUUGUGUGAUCACGAACGGACGAUCACAAAUCUCGGACAGAAACUUCUGUGUGUACCAUGAAGAUUUGGAUAGAUUUGAAGGUGCUGCUGAUGGCCAGUGUCUUGCUCACGACCCUCCAGGGAGUCGUGGCUAAGCGCUCUGGCCUCGGUAGACGGGCAAAGACCUCAAGUGGAAGAUCCUAUUCAGGUCGAUCGAACCAACAACAUCACUAUGCACCUCAACCUGCCCCUAAACCCGCUGCUCCACCAAAAUCCAGCGUUGUAGCACCACCUAAAAGUGCAUCCAAUGUUGCAGCAUCAGCUCCCAAACCUGCGGCUCCGGCUACCAAUCAACAGCCGAUCGGGUGGAACGUGGGAAAUGGGAAACACAAUCCUAGUGCUCCUGUCGGACCACCACCUCCCUAUCCAGGAGCCAGUCAUUAUCAUCCAGGAAUUGGAGCAGCUCCACCAGCAUAUUCACCCAGAAAUGCCCAUCCACCGCCUUACUCCUCACUGAAUCACAACAGCUAUCAACAAGGCCAUUCUCCUUACCAGCAGCAUCAUGCACCACAAAUGUCUCAUGCUGCGGAUUCAUCCAGGUUUUAUGGACUAGGUCCUACGAAUUUCGGUCAAUCGAAUCCACACAAUCCCUACAUGUCUUCUGGCUAUGGCGGAUUUAGUGGUUAUGGGGGAUCUCCUCAUGCCAUGGGAGGGCAUGGAUAUUACCCUGGUGCUGGGGCUGGUGGCUUUGGCGGAGGCAUGGGAAUGGGAGGUGCUCCAAUGAUGAUGGGAGGAGGAAUGUACGGCUAUCAGAAGCCCAAGUCAUCCCUGUUUAGUUUGUCCAACAUCCUGACUGGAGUAGCACUUUACGGGACAGUAAGAAGCUUAAGUGGCGGUGGCUGGGGAGGUGGAGGAUAUGGCAGUAAUUACGGUUAUGGCGGGGCCCGUGAGGUGCAUAUUUAUGAUCAUCGGGAUCAUGGUAAAGACACAGCGGAAAAUAUUGCUAUCCAACAAGCAAUUGGAGUUCCAGUUGCCAAUGUUUCCUAUGUGGCCAAUACACCAACUGCAACACCUUUAGCACCAUACCCAGUUACCGGAUCAAAUGUUCCAAUUGAAACUCCUGCUGAAACAGUAGAAGAAAUGACCCUUCCUCCUCUUCCUACUGACAAUGUACCAAAGAUAUAUUAUGGAUAUGGCUUUGCUUACGGAUAUGGCGAAUAUUCUGUAGACUCUGAUUCUUCCUCAGUAUCAUCGUCAAGUUCAAGUGAAGAGGAAAAAACGGAAGGUAGUUCCCCGCAAAAAGAAUCUACAUCUUUCUCAGUUUCUGAGGAAAAUACUGUAGAUUUUACAACGGAGUCUCCUGAUUCAACGAUCAAUGAUGAAUCUCAGGAGGUUUCAUAAGAACUAAAUACUUGACCUUCUUGACAUUAUGAGAUUUUUUUGUACCUUUUAUAGAAGUCUUUCGUUUUUGCCCUCUUUAGAUGUUAAAUGUCACUGAUUGUAUAAAUUUGAAAAAUAAAAUUUUAAUAAAAGUACUCAAACAUCA